AUGGUCGACGUGCCAGCGGUGCUCAUCGGGAUCUCCUUCCUGGGUGAUACCAAACCGCACCAUCGACGCCGCCUGAUCAAACAAGCCAUGGCGCAACUGCCGGAGACCACACGUAGCAAAGUCCACAGCCUCUCCCGGGGUUCGGCAAUGUACGAGGUGGACGCGAUCUUGGGACCCAACUCCAACACGGUCAUGGUGGCUGAGGAUGAAGUACACGUCGGGUUAUUCGCCGAGGCUGCGAGGAUCAACCACUCGUGCCGACCAAAUGCCUAUUUCAAGUUCUCGGAACGUAGGCUGACCAUGGAGGUGGUUGCCUACCAUAUCAUGGAGCCGGGCGAGGAGAUCCUCGUGAGCUAUGUACCCCUCGAAACGCCCCUCGGAAAACGCAGACAGUACUUGAAAGACCACUGGGGCUUUGACUGCACCUGCUCGCUCUGCCGCGGGCCAGAGGCAGACAUCGAGGACUCCGAGAACUGGAGGAGGAAGAUCAAGAGCCUCAAGGAGACAAUCGAGGAUGCCAAGAGUAACGGCUUCUACCAAGACGCCAUCACCAUGACAGAAGAGUGGCUCUUGAUCUCCGAGUGGGACAGGGCCCCAGUGUUCAUGCCCGAGUAUCACGACGCGCUCGCCGAUUUGUAUUUUCUGAAUGGGGACAUGGUCAACGCCACAAGACACGCUCGAAUGGCCGUGGAUGGCUGGGCGAGGCUCGGGAGUGUGGAUGAUGAGGGCCUGGAGAAUGCCAGGCUGUUCUUGAGGCGGUUGGAGAUGUGA